AUGGCGUCCGACAGUGAUAGCGACCAGGAUUUUGUUACUUUUGGAACCCCGUUAGAACCGCUGGAAGAAGGUAACAUACGUUUCUACUUUGUAUAUGCCAUUAAUGCAGCCAUUUAAUAGUUAUUGUGAGGGAAAGAAUGGUCAAAGUGGUCUCCACGAGUUGCUGGUAUCGCCUCCAUGUCUCUGUUAAAGCUAGCUAGUUAGCCAUGUUAGCACGGUCUCGUUUAGCCCAACAGACAGGGUUCGUCCGUUGUCGUGUUUCCAGUUGAUCACUUGUAAGUACAGUAAUCAUAACAGUAAAACACCCCGUCUCAAACUAAGACCUUAUUCAUCCAUUCGUUAGACGAGUUCUAAUCGCUUGCCACGCUGACACGUCUGUACCCUGCAGUUUAGCGACACUUUCCCCCACGUCGGUAGGGACAGUAUAUCCGUCAUCUGUAGACUGUUCCUAUUAUUUGGGCAUAAUUUACAUUAACGAGCAGUGCACAAUAAUGUCUUGAAUUCGGUUUUUAAAUACUACUCCGGACGACUCGCUCUCCGUAACCAAUGUGAGUAAAACAUUUAAACGUGUUAACAUUCACAAGGCCAGACGGAUUACCAGGACGCGGUCAGAGCAUGCGCUGACAUUUUCAAGCUCUCCCUUAACCCAGUUUGUAAUACCAACAUGUUUCAAGCAGACCACCAUAGUCCCUGUGCCCAAGAACACCAAGGUAACCUGUCUAAAUGACUAUCGCCCCGUAGCACUCACAUCUGCAGCCAUUAAAUGCUUUGAAAGGCUGGUCAUUGCAACACCAUCAUCCCAGACACCCUGGACCCACUCCAAUUCACAUACCGCCCCAACAGAUCCACCGAUGACUCAAUCUCUAUUGCCCUUUCCCACUUGGACAAAAGGAACACCUACGUGAGAAUGCUGUUCAUUGACUGCAGCUCAGCGUUCAACACCAUAGUGCCCUCCAAACUCAUCACUAAGCUAAGGACCCUGGGAUUGAACACCUCCCUCUGCAACUGGAUCCUGGACUUCCUGAUGGGACGCCCCCAGGUGGUGAGGGUAGACAACAAGACAUCAGCGUGGUCCUCUGUAGCUCAGCUGGUAGAGCACGGCGCUUGUAACGCCAAGGUAGUGGGUUCGAUCCCCGGGACCACCCGUACACACAAAAAAAAAUUUAUGCACACAUGACUGUAAGUCGCUUUGGAUAAAAGCGUCUGCUAAAUGGCUUAUUAUUAUUAUUAUUAUUAUCUGCCACGCUGACCUUCAACACGGGGGCCCCUCAGGGGUGUGUGCUUAGUCCCCUCCUGUACUCCCUGUUCACUCAUGACUGCGUAGCCACACAUGACUGCUGGAGCCAAACCCUAUUGGAGAAGCAUCCAACUAUAGAUGAUGUGCGCUGAUGCCGCCUGGUCUGCGACUCUCAAAGCACAUGCGCGUUCGUGUCAGAUGGUAUUUCUGCGUCGUCAGAUGGUAUUUCUGCGUCUCAGAUGGUAUUUCUGCGUGUCAGAUGGUAUUUCUGCGUGUCAGACGGUAUUUCUGCGUGUCAGACGGUAUUUCUGCGUGUCAGAUGGUAUUUCUGCGUGUCAGAUGGUAUUUCUGCGUGUCAGAUGGUAUUUCUGCGUGUCAGAUGGUGUUUCUGCGUGUCAGAUGGUAUUUCUGCGUGUCAGAUGGUAUUUCUGCGUGUCAGAUGGUAUUUCUGCGUGUCAGAUGGUAUUUCUGCGUGUCAGAUGGUAUUUCUGCAUCUCAGAUGGUAUUUCUGCGUUUGUUCAGAUGGUAUUCUGCGUGUCAGAUGGUAUUUCUGCGUGUCAGAUGGUAUUUCUGCAUCUCAGAUGGUAUUUUCUGCGUGUCAGAUGGUAUUUCUGCAUGUCAGAUGGUAUUUUCUGCAUUCAGAUGGUAUUUCUGCGUUUGUCAGAUGGUAUUUCUGCGUGUCAGAUGGUCUUUCUGCGUGUCCAGAUGGGUAUUUCUGAGUUGUCAAGAUGGUGUUUCUGCGUGUCCAGAUUGGGUUGUUUUGCUGCGUGUCAGAUGGUAUUUCUGCGUGUCCAGAUGGUAUUUCUGCGGUGUCAGAAGGUGUUUCUGCGUGUCAGAUGGUAUGUGCGCGCGCGCAACCUGUAGACUUUUGUUGGUCGCUUGUAUCGCGUGAGUCACUAGCUCUGGUCCAGGGCGUCAGCGUGCUAGGAACAAAUCAGCUCACUAGCUCUGGUCCAGGGCGUCAGCGUGCUAGGAACAAAUCAGCUCACUAGCUCUGGUCCAGGGCGUCAGCGUGCUAGGAACAAAUCAGCUCACUAGCUCUGGUCCAGGGCGUCAGCGUGCUAGGCGAAUAUCAGUCGGCUCUGGUCCAGGGUGUUAUGUUAACCACUGUUGCUUGUGCAGCUAACUAUCUAGCUACUACACACUAGCUAGUACAACACUAGCUAGCUACUACACACUAGCUAGUACUUAGCUUCUAAUUCUAAAUGUAAUUUCACCAACCUGGCACCAUUCAUCCUGUGUAACCUGAUAUGUCUCCCUAUUGGCUGGGUCUGGUCUGCUUAGUUCAUUGGCUGUACAUGAACCAGAACAAAUGAGGGAGUGGGAUGUCUCACUUCCACUUCCGUCUCUGGCGAGAACACAUCAUCCAUGUAGGGUAGCGUCUGAAAACUGGAUUUAAUACUUUCUUGUAAACUUCUCGGUAAUGUAAGUGAUGCAGAAUUAAUAAGAACCAUCUAAUGAUUAUGGAUAUACCUUCCGACAUGGGAAAAUGCCACUAAGCAAACAGGUAGCUCGUCGACCUAUUUGGGCAAUAAUUUCUCUUUCUGGUCGACCUGGUUCUGGUCUACAGAAAUCAGAGAUAGUGUCUUGUAGUUUUGAUGUCACUUCUUUGUCUAGUGCUUCUAAAAAAGGGCAUUUCCUAACCAGUAGCAAGUGUUACUCUACAAUAUCAUUGCUGCUGAUGUUUUGAUCACCUGUGUAGAUGAGCCUCUGAGGAAACCUAUCCCGGUGCACGAGCAGACCGUGAAGGAUGAGAAGGGUCGCUACCAGAGGUUCCAUGGAGCCUUCACCGGAGGAUUCUCUGCUGGGUACUUCAACACCGUGGGCACCAAAGAAGGUUGGUCAUGCUGUGGCAAAGGAGUGGAACUCUCACACACUAUCUCUCUCUCUCUCUCUCUCUCUCUCACUCACUCACUCACUCACUCACUCACUCACUCACUCACUCACUCAGACAGAGAGUAGCAUGUAGGCCUAUUAAUGUGAUCAUGUGACGUUUAACCGGCUUCUUUCUAGGGCUGGGAGUUCAUACCAUGUUAUCACUAUACUGAGGGACCUCACCAUACCAUAUUAUCACCAUACUGAGGGACCUCACCAUACCAUAUUAUCACCAUACUGAGGGACCUCACCAUACCAUAUUAUCACCAUACUGAGGGACCUCACCAUACCAUAUUAUCACCAUACUGAGGGACCUCACCAUAUUAUCACCAUACUGAGGGACCUCACCAUACCAUAUUAUCACCAUACUGAGGGACCUCACCAUACCAUAUUAUCACCAUACUGAGGGACCUCACCAUACCAUAUUAUCACCAUACUGAGGGACCUCACCAUACCAUAUUAUCACCAUACUGAGGGACCUCACCAUACCAUAUUAUCACCAUACUGAGGGACCUCACCAUACCAUAUUAUCACCAUACUGAGGGACCUCACCAUAUUAUCACCAUACUGAGGGACCUCACCAUACCAUAUUAUCACCAUACUAGACUGGACUUUGGACUAGUGCUAGCUAACGCUACCUACCUUUUUGAUGUAGAUUUUAAUUUUUUUACAAAUGUAUAAUUGGAGUAAAAUAUCGAUAUAAUAUAUUCAUCCCAAAAAAUAUUGCUAUAUGUAACUGUAUGAAUCACUGCUUGAUUCCCAUUGCAGGGUGGACACCAUCAACAUUUGUAUCAUCCAGGCAGCAGAAAGCAGGCAGACAGAACGCCAGGCCGGAGGACUUCAUGGAUGAGGAGGUAGCCCUGCAAAACAUCCUCAUAUUAUCUCAUCAACAACAGGACUGAUCACGCUAACUAUUUCCCUUUCAUGUCAUGGAUGAGGAGGUCCCUAGAAUCUGAAAGGGAACACAUUAUAUAUUCUAGAGACCACAGCGUGGAUGAGGAGGUACCUGGAAUCUGAAAGGGAACACAUUAUAUAUUCUAGAGACCACAGCGUGGAUGAGGAGUCCCUAGAAUCUGAAAAAGAACACAUUAUAUAUUCUAGAGACCACAGCGUGGAUGAGGAGGUCCCUAGAAUCUGAAAGGGAACACAUUAUAUAUUCUAGAGACCACAGCGUGGAUGAGGACGUCCCUAGAAUCUGAAAAAGAACACAUUAUAUAUUCUAGAGACCACAGCGUGGAUGAGGAGGUCCCUAGAAUCUGAAAGGGAACACAUUAUAUAUUCUAGAGACCACAGCGUGGAUGAGGAGGUCCCUAGAAUCUGAAAGGGAACACAUUAUAUAUUCUAGAGACCACAGCGUGGAUGAGGACGUCCCUAGAAUCUGAAAGAGAAUACAUUAUAUAUUCAAGAGACCACAGCGUGGAUGAGGACGUCCCUAGAAUCUGAAAGGGAACACAUUAUAUAUUCUAGAGACCACAGCGUGGAUGAGGAGGUACCUGGAAUCUGAAAGGGAACACAUUAUAUAUUCUAGAGACCACAACGAGUGGCGCAGUGGUCUAAGGCACUGCAUCGCAGUGCUAGCUGUGCCACUAGAGAUCCUGGUUCGAAUCCAGGCUCUGCUGUAGCCGGCCGCAACCGGGAGACCAAUGGGGCGGCGCACAAUUGGCCCAGCGUCGUCCAGGGUAGGGGAGGGAAUGGCCGGCAGGGAGAUAGCUCAGUUGGUAGAGCAUGGCGUUUGCAACGCCAGGGUUGUGGGUUCGAUUCCCAUGGGGGGCCAGUAUGAAAAAAGAAAAAGAAAAAAAAGAAUAAUGUAAGUCGCUCUGGAUAAGAGCGUCUGCUAAAUGACGUAAAUGUAAAGAAGAACAUUCUCAGGACAGCAACCAUUUCCCUCCUGGACCAACAUGAUUGUACAACAUGGGAUGUAACACGUGUUUUUAUCUCCUCAGGACCUGGGUGAGCACGGCAUCGCCCCCAGACAGAUCAUCACUACGGCUGACUUUGCCUCAGGCAGGAAGGAUCUGAUCGGGGACAAGGCCAGAGCCAUCACCUCUCUUUCAGCCCCUAUCCCCGGGGACACUGUCCUGGAAGACCUGGUGGCUCCGGCUAGGUAACUGAACAGACUUGAUGUGGUCACUCUGGGCCCCGUAUGUAUCAAGUGUCUUAACGGUAGGAGUGGUUUUCUAGAAUCAGGUCCUCUCUGUCCAUGGGAAUGAUUCAUUAUGAUCUCAAUUGGCCUAACUGAUCCCAGAUCAGCGGUACUACUCUUGAGACUCGUUGACACAGCCCCUGGUAUUCAACUAGCUAAAUGUAGUUGCGGUUUGCCUCAUAUUGCUGCUAGGCUGACUGACCUUGUUUACACCUGGCAGGUCCUCCAUGGGGGUGGAGCUACUGAGGAGGAUGGGCUGGAAGGAUGGCCAGGGGGUUGGGCCAAGGGUGAAGAGGAGACUGUGCAAGCAGGAAGCAGGUGGGUUGCACUUGCCAGCGACUUUUCAAAGCAGCCAUGUUGUAGCCUAAUAUGUGUUAUAGUACAGACGGACUCUACUCUCACAAAGGAGGAUUUUACUUGUGAAUAAAAUCAUUCUAAAAUGGUUCUUUCUCUAUUCCAGAUCCUGCAACAAGGGUGUUGGGCUCUGCCGUGCCUCCCAACGGUUCAUCAGAAUCACGGGUAGCCGUUCCUCAGAAUAUUCAUAUUGUCUCGCAUCUCGUCACCUGCUCUUAAAACUAGAGUCCAGCUCUACAUUAAGAACGUUUAAUGUUAGGUGGAUGGCUGUGUAAAACAUAUCUUCAUGAGAGGGCCAUGAACAGUACCUGCUAAUGCCCUAUUCUGUUAGAAAGCUCGUAUUUAUUUGAUUAAUUAUUUAUCUAUGAUUUGUAUGGACUUUUUGCACUAGUAUGCGCUGCUAUAGUAAAUAGUAUGAAAACACUACAUCCUAGAUUUCAUUUUCAAAUGUAAUUUGCUAUGAACAACGUAGAAGGUUUCAGAUGCAUUAUUAAUGUUGUAACUGUCUAUAUAACUAGCGGUCAGGGAAAAGCCGACUGAUUUCCCGGUGCACUGCUUUAAUUCGUUGCUGUCUCUUCCCCUGUGAACGUAACACAGAGUUGGCUGGCGACUCUACGGAUUCAUCAGUCUCAGCUUUAAUCUAAUAUAAAGUUUUGUCCCUCAGUGAUUUCACAUGUUUUUUUUACCUUUCCAUUCGAUAUGAAUGGACGUGUGUUGUAGAACAAAGGGAACUACUUCCUAUCGCUGCAGUAGGCUCUCAGCUUAGCAGCGAUAUUAGUGUUAAGGCGGGACCCCCCCGAGCCUCCAAUGGCUGUGGAUAUGUCACCCGAGGCCAACUGAAUUGAAGCAGGGAAGCGGGGGGGCUGUCAGCCAGAACAAUCACGAAGCGAAUUGGCCUUACAGAACUUUAUUUAUAAGCUAAUUACCUUGAUAUACCUUGAUAAAACAAUCAAAUUAUAACGAAUGUCCCCUAAAUAGGCGACUUAACAUUUACCCCCUACCCAUCAUUGCAAAGAUAAAUGUGAUUGAUUGAUCCAUUCCCUACUGUUAAACCGCAGGACGACGAGGAUGAUGAGUUCGUCCCUGAGAAUUUGACCUUCGCUCCUAAAGACGUGACCCCUAUAGACUUCACCCCUAAAGUGGACCAUCCAUGGUCUGGGGUACCGGGGUCUGAAACCCCCUGGCGGCCCUCAGGGGAGGUCCCGGGGCGGGAAACAUCAACCUGUUCACCAUGGACUCAGACCAGGACCACCAACCUGUUUGGAGAGGACAAGAAGGGACGAGACGCAGGGGAGGAGUGGCAGGACAGGUAG